AUGGAGAUGCAGGAUACGAAUGCCUCCGAGGAAACGGGGUUGUGCCUGCUCUCAGAGGACUACAAGCAGAUCUACCUCCCCCUGACCUACAGCAUCAUCUUCGUGCUAGGCCUGCCCCUGAACGGCGCCGUCCUGUGGCUCUCCUGGCGCCAAACCAAGCGCUGGAGCUGCGCUACCAUCUACCUGGUGAACCUGAUGGUGGCCGACCUGCUGUACGUGCUGACGCUGCCCUUCCUCAUCGUCACCUACUCCCUGGGCGACUGGUGGCCCUUCGGGGAGCUGCUCUGCCGGCUGGUGCGCUUCCUGUUCUACACCAACCUCUACGGCAGCAUCCUGCUGCUGACCUGCAUCUCCGUGCACCGCUUCCUGGGCGUGUGCCACCCGCUGAGGUCCCUGCCCUACCGGACCCGCCGGCACGCCCUGCGGGGCGCCGCCGCCACCUGGGCCCUGGUGGUCCUCCAGCUGCUGCCCACGCUGGGCUUCAGCCACACGGACUACAUCCACGGCCAGAUGGUCUGCUACGACAUGACGGGUCAAGAGAACUUCGAUCAGUUUUUCGCCUACAGUAUGGUCCUGACGUUGUCCGGCUUCGUCUUGCCCUCCCUGGUCAUCUUGGUGUGCUAUUCGCUGAUGGUCCGGAGCCUGGCCAAGCCGGCAGAGACCCUCGUGGGGGCGGGCACCACCAUCCGGGCCAAGUCCAUCCGGACCAUCCUGCUGGUGUGCAGCCUCUUCGCCCUCUGCUUCGUGCCCUUCCACGUCUCCCGCUCCUUCUACAUCACGCUCCGCUUCCUGAUGUCCCAGGACUGCCGGCUCCUGACGGUGGCCAGCGCGGCCUACAAGGUGUGGAGGCCGCUGGUGAGCAUGAGCUGCUGCCUCAACCCGGUCCUGUACUUCCUGUCGGUCGGGAAGAACGGAGUCAGGCUCUUCCGAAAACUGAGGCAUGACAAGGUGGGUGAGCACCCAGCUGGAGGCGAGCGGGGGAGAGCCCGGGGCGGGCAGAUCUGGGCAGUGUCCAGAUGA